GCAUACGAAUUGGAUCGUCUGUAAACUCUCCAUUGCAAGAACUAUGCGGACACCAGCUCGUCAACCUUACUCUUAAAGGUGAGGGAAAGGAACUUAUAUCACUUAUUAGAACUUUCAAUCGUGACUUUCCCAAUCAGAAAUCUGCACAUACGCCGCAUGAGGAUAUAGGCCCACCAUUAGCGCUCGAGGAAAACUCGUCUUCUGUGAUAUUUCGUUGUGACAGUCUCUUUGAUCUGUUCAUUCGCAUACCCAUGCCCAUCUCGGAGAACUCUACUGCGGACUAUGGGAUAGAAGUUUGGGCCGAUGGGAUAGCCAGUCUAGGAGGAUAUCCCCAGAUAGACUGA